CGCGCAUCUCUCCAGAGGCGCACAGAGGCUCCGCGCUGGAUCUCUCCCGCACUCAUACUCUGCAUCUGAAAACUGAGAAAUCAACACUCGAUUGACAUCAGCCUUUUGGGAUGGAGAGCACAGGCAGCGGCUGGGCAGCUGAACUCACACCCCCGUGUGUGAUGCAUGAGGUGAACGGGAACGACACCGGUCAGGUCUUUGAGGUGGCACUGCAGAACGGCUCCUCCAAGCGCAGCCCCCAGUUUGUGGGUGUAGAGCUGCUGCAGUCCUUCAAGCUGCUCAUCAUUCCCUGCUACACUCUGGUGGCUCUGGUGGGCGUCUUUGGCAACUAUCUGCUCCUCUAUGUCAUUUGCCGCACCCGGAAGAUGCACAACGUCACCAACUUCUUCAUCGGAAACCUGGCCUUCUCUGACAUGCUGAUGUGUGCUACGUGUGUCCCCUUCACACUGGCCUACGCCUUCAACCCACACGGCUGGGUCUUUGGCCGCUUCAUGUGCUAUCUGGUGUACCUCAUCCAGCCUGUGACGGUGUACGUGUCAGUCUUCACUCUCACUGCCAUUGCUGUGGAUAGAUACUAUGCCACAGUUCAUCCUCUGAAAAAGCGCAUCUCAGUCUUGGCAUGUACCUACCUUCUGUCUGGGAUCUGGCUGUUGUCCUGCGGUCUGGUGGCUCCAGCUGUGGCUCACACCUACCACGUGGAGUUUAAGAACGAGGGCUUCACCAUCUGUGAGGAGUUUUGGAUGGGCCAGGAGAGGGAGCGGCUGGCUUACGCGUACAGCACUCUCUUCAUCACCUACGUCCUGCCUCUGUCGGCGCUCUGUAUCUCAUACCUGUGCAUCUCUGUCAAACUGCGGAACUGUGUGGUACCCGGCCACCACACCCAGAGCCAGGCAGAGGCUCAGCGCAUGCGCAAACGCAAGACUUUUCGGCUGGUGAGCCUGGUGGUGGCAGCCUUUGGCGUCUGCUGGAUGCCCAUCAGUGUGUUCAACGUGCUGCGUGACAUUGACAUUGACCUGAUUGAUAAGCGAUACUUUCUGCUCAUUCAGCUGCUCUGUCACCUGUGUGCAAUGAGCUCAUCCUGCUGUAACCCAUUCCUCUACGCCUGGCUCCAUGACCGUUUCCGCGCUGAGCUCCGCAAAAUGUUCACAUGCCGCCGUCGCAUCGGCAUCUCGGCCAACAACUGUGCCACAGCCAGUGUGGUUUUGUGAAGCUUUUGUGUUUUAGGCUGCUGUUGGUUUGUGAUCUUAUUCUGGUGAUGCAAAAUUAGAUAGGUGUCGAUAGGUAGGAUUCCUAAGUGUGUAUGGUGAUCCAGCUUUCACUCAAGGUAGCCAGUAAUUCAGUCUUUAACACCUAUAACAUUGUUGGACUCCUUGUUCAAAUCUGACGCCUACAUUACCCACAAUGCAUCGAUUGUUGAAGUCACAUCAUGAGUCAGUUUAUCAGAUUUCUCCAGGCGCCAAAAACCUGUAUACAACUAUUUUCACAUAUGCAGCAGUACUCCACAAGACCUGUAAACUGUAAAUCCUGUUGUUCCCCUUUAACCCAGUCGAUUGACCAUCAACUGCCAUGUGUGUUUGUACAGAUGCAAUCACACUGAGUAGCCUGCUUUUUGUAAACUACAAGAUUUAUUUAAAUGUCUCUUUCACAUGAUGUCAGUUUAUUGGUUGUUGUUGUAUGAGUUCUUGUUGUGUAACCUAUUUUGCUGUUCAGACAAACAAUCGUUUUGCCAGAUUGAAAUAUUGAAAGACUUCACAAAUGAGGCAUUUAAAAUGAUCAUUAACAGAUCUCAUUUAAGGAGCUUAACCAACAAUGUAUUCUCUCAAUACUUCUAUCUGGUCUUUCUGUGGCUCUCAGCACCGGUCAGUUCAUUCCUAAUUAUGGUCUAACAACUGGUCACUGUAGUUCCGCUAAUUUUACCCAUCCAGGACUAAAUUCUGAAUUUUUUGGGGAGUAUUUUAAGCUGCGGAAUUUAUCUUCUUCGAAGUAUUUGUGGCAGCAGGAUGAUGUAUGUAGGAUGGAUGUGUCCGUUUAUCAUAAAAAGUGAUCAUGUUGUUUCCUGUUUUUUCAUGGGAUUUGUUGACAAACAAAUAUAUAUGUGUACAAAUGUACAGUAUUAUAGAAAUCAUUUGCAAACUUGCGCCACUAAUAAGAUUAGUUGGUCUGAAAGCAGCUGUUGUGUACAAUAAAACAUGCUGUAUAUGUUUCCAUGGCAAAAUGUCUUUCUUAUUCUUGUGAGAGCUACUCAUAUGUAACAUAAGAAGGAAACUGCUAGGAAAAACACAAAACAUGAUGGCAAUAUAAACUGGAG